GCGCAAAAAGACAGUGGAGGAGGGAAAGAGAGAUGUGGAGAGAAAAGAGGAGAGGAAGAUGCAAAGAGCCGCUUCGCUGCUGUAGUUUGGAAGUCUCGCCAGGGGGACUUAGAAGAGCAUUGGUGGUAUAAAUACCCAGCAUAAACAGGAUUAAAAGAGCAACUACUGACUCCAUCAGAGAAGUGUGAAGUGAGAGAGACAGGCAGAGAGAGAAGUGUAAAGUGUAAGCAUCAGCAGCGGUGUGUACUGCAGUGUGUCUCUACACACUACAACGCUCAACUUGGGAGACAACAACUGUCACUUCUCAACCAGCUUCAAGUGAACUCUUUUACUCUAACACCAUCCCGUCUCUCUCUCUCUCUCUAUCAGACACGCUUGUACACACAAAUGGAGAAUAUAUCAUGGUGCUAAAGCAUUGCUGAAGUUCAAUCUGGGCCGCUGGAUUCAUCUGUGUGUGUUCAGCAGCACUGUGGGACACUAGACACACACACACUUCACGGACACCAGCGCAGAGUUCAGCAUCAAAUGAAAGAGCCCAGUCCAAGUGCCAACAUGAGAGGUGAGAGGUGCCAGACACGGCUCUGAAAGACUUCAUUCGGCUGGGAGAGCGUGGCGCAUAAAAAAUACAGGUCCCCACAAGAGCUUUCUGGUCUCGGCUAGUGCUAUAAAUCAAUACCCAAGCACUCUGAUUUCUUCAUCAAGACAUUUCUACUCGGCUACAAACGGAAUGGGUUUCUUGAGCACUUGCUGACCAGAAGCUGCACUCCAGAGGAUACUAUUUUUGUGGACGUCUGAAGUCUAUUUCACACUGCGGCUCUGAAAACACACCGGGAGACAAAAACGAUAUAUUUAUAUAUAGGUGCAUAGCUGUUAAAACUGAUACGUCUUUCAACCACCUGUCAAUGUUCUUAUUUUGAACUUCUUUCCUCAAAGCUUUUGGCACUUCAGAGAAUAUUCCUAUCAGCUUUGGUCUGUCUAAAUCGCAGCUAUUUUUAUUCCACUACAUAUUUAGAUAAAAAGUCUCCCAUUACAGAAUUUUGUUCAAAACAUUUCGGUCCUCUCAUCUGAAUAGGUGAGAGCAGAAGGGAGGUUCACGCUUAAAAUCCUCACAAUUUCACAACCUGUCUACAGUGGGUUGCUAAUCACGGUGUUCCAUCAUCAGGAAUGACUUCCAUCUUUUUUUCAUGCAAAAUGAAGCACAUUAGCAUAUUUAUGGGCUGAGAUAUAACCAAUCGUGUACAGCGUGCUACAUGGAUCUGGCAUUCAGUCAUCAAGUGAAGGAACAAAUGGCUUCUGACAUGUGAAGAAAAUGGAAUAUUCAAGAGCUCCACACAUUUAAACACAUGCACUAGAUGGAGGAGAUGGAGGAGCAUAUGAGUUAAUUUCCUCGCUUGUAUCUGUGUGAAAUCAACCAAAAAGUCUUCAAUUUAAACUGCUGUGUUACUGCUUUCAUAUAAAUGACAUAUUCUUAAGAAUACAACUGUGGGCCAGAUCAGCCAGAAAGCAUUAGUUGAUGUCAAAUCCAGAACUCUCAAAAUGGAGAAUUUGGAUGAACUAGAACAUCCAUUAUUGGGCGACAGCCCCAAAAACUCAAGAGGAACAGGCACCAGUGGUGGUGGACUGUUCAAAGGCAUAUUGGUGAGAAAUGAGGAGGACAAAAGGCCGCCCCCUCUGGACUGGAGGAAUUAUUGCAGUUCAACAGAUAUUCAACAGCAGCAGCUACUGGAUCCGUGUUCAUUGCCUAGCACUCUAGAGGCUCUUUAUCCUCCAACUACCAUUUGGGCUGCCGCUGACUCCCUGGGCAUCCACAGUAAGGAGUAUCUGGAAACCACCUUUGUGGACAUUGGUCCUGGUUCACCAUUGGAAAGGAAGUUGCUGGCAGAGACAAGAGAUGUUCAUAGUGUAUCCUACAGCAUGGAAGAUGGGGAUGACCUUUUGCCGGACUUCGAGGACUCCUCCAGCGAUGACUUCAGUGAUACAGACAGUGAGAGCAACUUUCCCAUCAUGAUCCCUCAAGAUUACCUAGGCCUGGCUUUCUUCUCCAUGCUCUGUUGUUUCUGGCCUCUGGGCAUUGCUGCGUUCUAUCUUUCCCAAAAGACGAACAAAGCAUCAGCACAAGGAGAUUUCCAGGGUGCCAGCGCAGCAUCUCGGCAGGCUUUGUGGCUCUCUAUCCUUUCAAUCGUCUUCGGCAUCAUCACUUACACCUGUGCCAUUGCUGCCCUGAUCUCCUAUCUGUCUGGGAAACCACCUUAAAGACUACUGCAUUGGUAUCCUCUCUCGAAUCUUCCAGAAACACACCUCCCUGAUUCCUAAUCACACAAACCGCUGCUCUUUACAUACUCACAUUCAUCUACACCUGUAAUAAGUACAUUCGUUCCGCAGAGACGGCGCCUUUGUAACAUUUUCUGCAACUUCACCGUGGUCAUAUUAGAGUCUGAAGCUCAGUAGAACAAAGAGAUGUUUCAGAUUGUAAAUGUUCAUUAGAUUAGGAAAAAAUCAAGUCAUUUGGAGAGAGGGUAGAUGAGUAUUUGGGUAAAAAAAAAAUUAUUGCGCCACAUCAGAAAGAGAGACCUGCACUCUGUCUUGGCGCUUGUGUAUAAGUUGGCAGGGGAGGGAGUGACUGAGGCCUAAGGGUUUUUCGAAGGGAACUCGACAAGGACAGCGAGAUCAGGAGAUCACAACGGACUUGGCUGUGAAGCAGCAGGACUUGCCCUCUGAGGCACAUGACUCGAGCAAACUGGGUCAUUUUCUAUCUGAGCUCUAAAGCUGGUCAUUGAACCACUCUCCAAACUGAAAACACCGCCAUAAAUGACUUUAGAACUCAGUUGGAAAUUGUUAGAUAGAAAACAGGUUCAAGUUCAAGUAAGGCAAAUGUUCAUAUGCGAUGGGAAAAAUACACACAUAUAUACUUCAGCUUCCACUGAGUCAUACUGUUAUGAGAAGCUUCUCCUGCAGGACUCUAUUCAUAGCUUGAUAAAUGUAGACUCUCCAUUUUUCCACCCACCAACAAAACUGUCACUUCAUAUGACUCAGCUAAACCAUACCUGCAAACUCUGGACUGGCGCAAAAGGUGACGAAUCAGUAAUUUGUAAAUGAUUAUGUAUCUUCUAUAUAAUUGGUCUGAACAAAAAUGGCAGAAUGAAAAUGCAGAGUCACUCUCUGUAGAUGGCACUUAUAGGAAAAGCAGAAAUGCAGUGGUUACCCCUGUACACAAAGCAGCGCUUAUAAACACCACUGUGUUUACAGAGGUAGGACAAAAAGAAAAUGACAUUGAAAUGUUUUUGAAGACUGUUCCCUAGAGAUACAUUCAUAUAAAGUUUCUCCUGCAGGAAUAUUCUUAGCUUGACUCUCCAUUUUUCUACCUACUGACAAAACACCUAUGAUUCAGGUAAACCAUACCAAACUUUGGACCGGUGAAAAAGGUAACAAAUCAGGAAUCAGCAGUUGAAAUAAUUUCGAAAAAUUCUCAUAAUCGAAUAGAACUAUGUGUUUUGUUUUGUUUUUGGUAGCAAUGUUGUUUGAAACAACACUAAUGUCUAAAUUGUAAAAUGACCAUAAAAGCAGUGAUUUAAACAGUUCUGAUGAGUCAAAAUUAUAAGUAAUUAUGUAUUUUAAAUAUAAGUGGUCUGAACAAAAAGUGCAGACUAGCUAUAUGAAAAUGCAAAUUCACUCCCUGACAGUAGGUGGCGCUUAUGGAAAAACAGAAAUACCUCGGUAAACAAAGCAGUGAUGAGAUAACAAAUGCCAGUUUGCAAUAUCAAGCAGCAUAACCAGUGUUGGGUAUGUUACUGUAAAAAAGUAAUUCAUUACUAACUAUUAAGUACAUCUUCAACAGUCCAAUUAGAUUACUGUACUAAUUACUCUCUCUAGAAAGUGUUGCAUUACUUAUUACUUUCUAAAUCCCAUAUCAAGCUCCACCAGUUGAACAAAGUAUUUAAAGGGAGAAGGUUACAUUAAAAACAUACAUUUUACUUUAAAUGUUUGUUAAACCCACUAUUGUUUUAUAUAGAAUUGUUCUAUGUAGUCUAUACUGUAUUUAAUGCAAUUACUUCAGAAGUAACUAAUUAAAUUACAGAAAAGUUAAGAGUAAUCUCUUACUUUACUAGGGAAAAGUAAUUCAAUUACAGUAAUCAAUUACUUAGUAAUGCAUUAGCGUAAUGGAUUGUUUUUGUACAGCUAAAAAUAACUGCAAGUGAAAGACACUGAAAGCCAGUAAUAUUCAAAUUCCAAAUGGUUCUUACAUUAAAAAUAAGGUGAAUAAACCCCACUGUAUUAAGCAUUAUACGAAGGUUGAAUGAAAAGGAAAUGCCUCAUAUAACAUUCAUAUAAAGAAUUCCACCCAAAGUGAGAGUUUGCAGGUAUGUAAACAUGAUAGUCAUAAUUUAUAUUCAUACUGAGCUACUAAGCAUAUAACAUGUACAUUUUGUAGAUGUGAACUAAAGGUUAUUGGCCUGUCUUGGCAGUCAUUACCUUGAAGCUGCAUUCGUGUGAUUGAAGGCAUGCACUUGAGGUCAUGAAAUCCACUUGGCUAAAAGGGGAUUCUGGGAUAUAGGAAGCUCAAAACUGGAGUGGGUGACAUUUCUACCGCAGUGAGUCUGCAUGGGCACUCUUUAUUUUGUUGUAGCACUCUACUAAUACUUAAAUCCCUUUUGUGGGUCUACAUUUCGCCUUGAUAACCCUAGAGGCGAGUGAUAAGCAGUGCCAAACAACGCUUUGACUGAAGUGCUUUAAUCUCGGAGUAUAAAACACAUUACAUCACAUUUCUCAAACUUUCAAAUCCAUCUGCAUUCAUACACAAUUAAUGGCACAACCAUUUUAAGCAGGAUAUUUAUGUUUGUAAACAUUCUGCUCAUUAAUUUGACUGGUGAACUGUUAACAUAAUCCAUACAACAGAUCUGUCUAGACUGAUCUAGUAUCAGUAUACAAAUGCACCCAGGAUUCCCUAAACUAGACAAUAUAUAAAUGCCAGAAAUACACUAUCAUUCAAAAGUCUUUUUAAAUAAAUGAAUACCUUUAUUCAGCAAGGAUGAGCUAAAUUGAUCAAAAGUGACCGUAAAGACAAUCUACUUCAAAUAAAUGCUGUUCAAAAGUUUUCAGUUUCCAACAAAAUAUUAAGCAGCACUAUUUUCAACAAUUUACAAGGUAAUUAAUGAAUAAGAAAUGUUUAUUGAGCAGUAAAUCAGCAUAUUAGAAUGAUUUCUGAAGGAUCAAGUGACACUGAAGACUGGACUAAUGAUGCUGAAAAUUCAGCUCUGAUCACAGAAAUAAAUUACAUUUUAAAAUAUAUUCACGUAGAAAAAUACAUUGUAAUAAUAUUUCACAAUAAUACUUUUACUGUAUUUUUGAUCAAAUAAAUGCAGCCUUGCUGAGACUUAUUUCAAAAACAUUUUUAAAAAACUCUUAAAAAAUUGACCCAAACUUUUGAAUGGUAGUGCACAUUAUAGAGAAAGUCAGAUAUCAAGUGCAUGAAACUACAAUCAGAAAACAACACUAUGUAAUUUAAAGGUUGAAAUGUGCCCUGCUCCAAAAGAUUAAAGCCACAAAACAGCAGUCAGCAUAAACUGCCUCGGCAGGUGCCCUUCAAGCUCCCUGCAGUUAGAAAUUGGGUCAUAUCAUGGUAGGAAAUUAUGUACUACUUUUACAACAAGCUGCCCCAUCGAGCAGAGGAGAGGAGCGAUAGCACAGCCCCCUCCGGUCAGUGAUCAUUGAAGAGCAACACAAACAGUCCUGCACUUAAAUCUCAGUACAGUAAAACAGACCGCAGACAUCUGAGAGGAACACAAGUCUCCUCUCCUGUCAUUAUUUUAUUCCUCCUCUACAUUAAUCGUGUGUAAAUGUGUAUGUAAAUUUCGCUGGUACCUGUUAUGAACAAAUAAAUGCACUUGAUUGAAAAUUUAA